AUGCCUGUGAAAGCUGCAAAAUAUGGAUGGGUUUUAGGAUUAAACCACCACAUAGUCCAAUGGUGGUUCAAGAUUUUGAUGCUUGGGGUCUUUCUUGGAAUCUUGAUAGUUUGGGGGAUUGAUGGGUUAAAUAUGAACUCUUUGGACAAAGAUCUUGCUGUUUUGAAGCCCAGUGGUGCUGAAAAUCUGCCAGUACCCCUUAAAGAUUCAAACUUUAGUGGAAGUUCUUCACUUGAGCCCCAGUUGAUAGUUGCCCAGCAGCUUGAUUCAAACCUCUCCCACCAAAAUUUAACAAAAACCCAAGAAAAUCUUGAUCCUCACAUUGCCCAUGAGCCACACAAUUCUGUUCUAAAUCAGACCCAGAUUAUUUCCCUUCCUACCCCUCAACUUCCGAAAAUCCCCACAAAUGACCCAGUUUUAAACCCCUGGAUUUCAUCCGAGUUGGAACCGAAUUACUCAACCAGUCUCCUUUCCCGGUGGUUAGCCCCAGGGGGUGAGCCCUGUAAGGACUCGAGAACCGAGAACAUAACGAUUCCCGGCUUGGACAGCAAAAAAAACCGAAAAAUCGAGCUCUCGACCGGAGAAAUUCACGUGUUCACGUUCCAGGCUUUGGACGAGACAGGGGAGCCUCAUUGCUUGGGAGGCGACUAUUUUGAAACCGACCUCUCGGGUGAGAAAUGGAAGUCCAGGCCUCCGGUCAGGGACUUAGGAAAUGGGACCCACACGCUUUCUCUCCAGGUCCAUCCCGAGUUCGCGGGCGUCUAUAAUUUGACCGUCAUCCUACUCUACCGGCAUUACGAGGGUUUGAGAUUCUCGCCCGGAAGAUUCGUGUUCGAUAGGGUUCUACGCGUGAUCCCGAUAAAGUUUGUUCGGUCUACCGCCAAAUUGCCGGAUUUAAGACAAUGCACGUGGAGUGAUUACUCUAAGGAUAUCUGGUCCGGCAGGUGGACUCGACACGCCAAGAAUGACAGCUGCCCGAUCAGCAACGACGGCCGGUACAGAUGCCAAGAUUGGAACUUUCCUUGCCAAGGCCCAUGGUGCCACGGCCCGUUGGGCUCAAUCGAGAGCAACGGGUGGGUUUACUCAGCUCAUUGCUCGUUCAAGAUGUUCUCGAGCCGGGAGGCUUGGAAUUGUUUGGACGGCCGUUGGAUUUUCUGGUGGGGAGAUUCGAACCAUUGCGAUACUAUUCGUAACAUCCUUCACUUUAUUCUGGGCUCCCACGAGAUCUCGGCCGUGCCAAGAAUAUUCGACGCGAACAUCACCAACCCAAAAAACCAGUCGCAAAGCGUCCGGUUGACGAGCAUUUUCAACGGCCACCCAAACGACACCGGGAAUUACCAGGGCUUGAACUCAUUAACCGACAGAAAGUAUCAAGAACUGUUGAAAGGGUAUUUUCGUCAAAGAACAGUGCCCGAUACAAUGAUCAUGAACUCGGGCCUGCACGAUGGGGUGUACUGGAAGAACAUCAGGAAUUUCAUCCAUGGAGCGGAGUUUGCAGCCUCGUUUUGGGCUGGAGUUCUUGACGGGCUUAAAGGAAACGGGCUUUCACGGCCAAAAGUGAUAUACCGGACAACUGUGGCCACUGGAGGUCAUGCUAGGAAGCUCACGUUCAAUCCUCACAAAAUGGAGGCUUUCAAUGGGGUUGUGUUGGAUAAGUUUAGGAAGUACGGGGUUAUUGAUAGGGUCAUAGACGGCUUUGAUAUGACCUAUCCGUGGCAUUAUGAUAACCGGGCGAAUGACGGUGUACAUUAUGGGCGGGCCCCGUUGAAGAUGAAGUGGAGGGAUGGCAAAAUCGGGCAUCAGUACUUUGUCGACCUUAUGCUCGGUCACGUGCUGAUGAACGCGCUGUGUUCGAGUCGAGUGUGA